AUGGCCCUAAGGGUAAGGGUAAGAAACAAGGUCGUUGUGCUCUCUAUAGCUAUAUGAGGCGUGGGGCGCGUCGUGUGGCGGCGACGCGUGCGCGGGCGGCGGCAUGACGCGGCGCCCCCCACCAUGACGUUGCCGCCGCCCGCGCGCCCCGCGCACUACCCCGCCGCGCACCGCGCAAUGCGCUACUACCGCAUCUGGAUAUACGCGUGUAACGGGGCUCUGCUGCUCGGAGCGCUGGCAUUCUGCGCUGCAGCAGGACGCGCUCUGGCUGACUACAGGCGUGGUCUGGUACCUGGCUUGGGAGCCGCUCAACCGGGCUUCCUCUACGGUUACGCAGCGUUACCGGUCCAAGCGGGCCUUCUACAACUACUCGGCUGCCUGGCGGCCCUACGUCUCUCUGAACGCAUGUUGAACGCUUAUUGGCUAGCAUUACUAGCUCUGCUGGUAGGCGACGCCGCCAUCGGCGUCUACUGGGUCUUCCGUUUUGAACGCGUUUGUCGAGAACUGCGACCGCAAUUACGUAUACGGCUAGCGAAGGAUUACGAUAACGACGUCGAUUUCUCAGAAGCUUGGGAUCGCCUUCAAAGAGAACAGAGCUGUUGUGGCGUUACGGGGCCGUCAGAUUUUGCAAAUUUGAAUAGAACUGUUUUACCUCCGAGUUGCUGUCGAAUACCUGCGCAUUCACCGGCCGUAACGCCGAUCUCGUUAUCGACGACUGCCACGUCUCCCGUAUCAUUCACACCGGUCCAUUGCAUACCUCACACCGCAGCUUGCGCAGAACGUUUGCUGACUUGGCUCAGGAAAACGGCGGAUGCUUUAUUCGUUUUAGGUUAUUGUGUGAUAGCGUUCUUAAAAUUUUGUUUCUUGGGAAUUCUUAGAUGUGAAAUCAAAGAAAUGAUUCAAAAAAUCAGAAUACUACGAAGCGAGUUGGGUGCGGGCGAGCUUCUGGAUGGCAGUCCAUUACACGGAGGCCCUUUGUCACAGACGAUAGUCGUGAACGCCGUGAACGCAAACGGAGGUGUCCGCGCCCACGGCGGGAGUCCGGAGAGAGCGAGCGAAAGAGAGGCGCUGUUGGGACGGGCUUCGGAACCGUGUUCGAGACGAAGUAUCCACGAAGACACGUUAGGCCCGAAAACUGUGAAUGGGAAUAACAAUUGCGAGAUGCGAGAGCUUGCGCGCGGAGACUACAGGCCCCUAGCAGCAGAUAGUGCAGCGACUAGAAUCUGA